GAGAUCGACGUGGUGGGCGGGUCGCCCGCCAGCCCCACGGCGGGCGCCACCGCCCCCAGCCCGCCCCCCGGGGGCGGCCUCGGCUCGGGACACCCCCCGCCGACCGCCUCCGCCGUCGCCGCCGCCGCCGCGCUGCUCUACAACGGAUACGUCCAGGACCUGUCCUCUCUGCACUUCACGGCGUACAUGCCGCCCAAGGCGGACCGCACGGAGCUGGUGGAAUGCGCCGGCCCCGGCGCGCUGUACCCCGCCACGUCGCUGCCCUCCGCCCCCGGGUCCGCCUCCGCUUCUGCAGUGCCAGUGCCGCAGCCGCAGCCGCCGCCGGCCGCCGGGGCGCCGCCACCCUGCUACGCCGUGCUGCAGACCGCCGCCGAGGCGCGCCGCCUGCGGGACCUCGCAGCAGCCGACAGGAGGUCCUGGCUGCCUGACCACCACGCCGUCCCGCCUCCGCCUCCGCCGCCCACGACGACGCGGCAGCCCUCGCCACCUCCGCCGCCUCUUCCGCCGCCGCCUCCGCCGCACCAGCCGUCACCCGCGCCUCUCCCUCUCCGCAAGUCUCUAGCCAUGUGCUUCACGAGCACGGGGGCUGCCUUAUCUCUGCCGCCCAAGAAGAAGGACAUUUAUCGGCCUUAUUCGCUGGACGACAGGCCGAGCCGAACUCCGGCCGAGGAGGACCUCAGCGCGGCGCACGCGAUUCUCGACCUCAGCGCGUCGACCGCCAUCGCGUCUGUGGCGGAGGUUGCGACGCCCCACGCACCGCCGCCGCCGCCUCCUGUUCCUCCUGCGCCUCCCCAACAGCCGCAGCCGUCGCAGCAACACCUCUCACCGCCCGCGCCGCCACCUCAGCCGUCCGUGGAGCACCUCCAGCAGCCGGUGGCCGCCGCGACGUCGGUCAUACGGACGGCGACCAAGACGGUGGCCUACACGUACGAGGCGUUCUUCGUGAGCGACGGCCGGUCCAAGCGCAAGGCGGGACUGUCGGCGCCACCGCAGGCCGCAGACCCUUCGUCGCGCCAGCGCUACACGUGCAGCGAGUGCGGCAAGCAGUACGCCACGUCGUCGAACCUGUCGCGGCACAAGCAGACGCACCGCUCGCUCGACUCGCAGGCGGCGCGCAAGUGCGUGACGUGCGGCAAGGCGUACGUGAGCAUGCCGGCGCUCGCCAUGCACCUGCUCACGCACAAGCUGUCGCACGCGUGCGGCGUCUGCGGGAAGCUCUUCUCGCGGCCGUGGCUGCUGCAGGGGCACCUGCGCUCGCAUACCGGGGAGAAGCCCUUCGGCUGCGCGCACUGCGGCAAGGCGUUCGCCGACCGCUCCAACCUGCGCGCCCACAUGCAGACGCACUCGCAGGACAAGAACUUCGCGUGCUCGCGCUGCCACAAGUCGUUCGCGCUCAAGUCCUACCUCAACAAGCACCUCGAGUCGGCGUGUCUGCGAGACUCUCCCGGCGGGGGCGGCGGGGGCGGCGGGGGCGGCGGCGUCGUGCCUGCGCCCGACGAGGCGAGCCGGCCGGGGGCGGCGGCCGCCUGCCCUCCUCUGUCGCCUCCCACGCACCACUUCCUGGCCGCGCCGCCGCUCCCCUAUUCCUGUUGAUCCCGACCCACUCCGCCGAGCAGGGUUUCCGAAACGUCACGCUCCGUGAGCGCUAAUACCACAAACAAAACAGAGUGGUUGUCGUGUCUGUAACCACCGGCAGCGAAUAUGGCUGCAUACGGUGCACAGAUCAUUCCGUGACCGACACUUAGAGGCACAGAACGUAGAAAUUGCUGCCGCACACAUGUUUUAAUCGAGGAAAGAUUUUAUUUUUACCUAUGCGGCUAGCUUCGUCAAAACUGCAUUGACGCAAUAUAUUUUCAGCAUGUUAAUAACGCCUGCACAGAGUCGGCUAACAUGAUCUGUGGACUGUACGUUACACGUCCUCUCAGAGUCCUUUUCUUCUUUCCAAUCAUCAGAUAUUCUUUAUAAUGUCAGCAAACCAUCUUCUUGAUAAACGAGCAACAAUGAAGCAUACUAAAGCCACCUCAUUCAGUUCUGCAAUUUAUGUACCAACCCGCGGCGUAACUUUCCCCACCAACAAACACCACUAGCAUAAAGUGACGGUUUAUCCAAGUCACUAAAAAAAUGUACCUAUUUUCUAGUCGUGACUAGUCACUGUACUGAUAGUACAACACGUUUCGGAAGCCCUGAAACAGACAUCGGCUAAAUAGUCAGCAGUGUAAUCUGCACACUCUUGUCUAGUCUAUUUAUCUAUACAGUUAAGAUACGUUGAAACUACAAUCAAGUUCGUUAGUCAUCCUGCACGCGCCUAGAAGGGAAAGCUUCAUUACGUUAGUGAUGUUUGUAAAUAGCCAGCGUUCCUCGGACGCUCAGUUUAUGCAGUUGUUUCCUUAUUCUGGCUGUCAGAUAUUCUUACAGUUGAACAUAUAUAUAAAUAUAUAUACAUACAUAAAUAGUGCACAAAAUUAUCAGCUCUUUUCACAAGCAUUACUAGCUGUAAAAUCAGCAACUUAAUAGACACCAUAAUUUUGUACCAAAUUUAUGAAACAUCAGUCCUAUUAUUUGCACAGCAAAUGGGAAAACGAGUUAAUUUUUAUGAUCACGUUUAUAAGCAUAAGAAAUGUUUUCCCAUGCUGAAUUCCUUACAGACUCUUUCCUUCAAGUAAAGCAGAAGAAGCUUCUUUUCUAUACUUUUGUAAAUCAAAGAUUUGCUGGAUGCGCAUAGUACAUAAAAUGCCUGAAAUAUAUUUUAUAUUGGAUUUUAAAGAAAUGUAAAAUUUUUACACUUAGUACAGCGACAUCCCUCCCUGAAGUAGUUCAAACCGGAGGCCUUUCUGGCAUUGAGAAGUACCUAUUUGUUAUAAGUUUAUAAGUGAUUAGAAGCUUAGGGAUAUACGAGACAAGUAGAUCACUGACUAAUGCCAGAUAGUGGAUCAUCCUUUAUGUUGACGUAAAAGAUUUAGUUGAACGUUUCAAGAAAGUUUCACACAAGGAACGAAGUGUUUCACAUACAACGAAAUGUAAUUUUAAAAUGUACACAUUAGAAGUGUAGGCUGGCUAGGAAAUACUGUUACAAAUGAGUUAGUGAGAAGAGUCUAGUCACUGAUGAAUAACUGAUGAAAUGAGUCAUCACUGCUAAGCCAUAUACACCGUUCCAGAAGUAAGCCUGUUAGACUGCACUGUUAGCAUUAAAUAUAGUAUAGAGUUUUUAAGCGAACACUGUGUAUACCUAAUUCAGUGAGUUUAUAGUUAACUACUAGGAUAUGCAAAACAAAAUAUAAUUGACCCUUGGCGGGAAUACCAAGUGACACAAGUCCGACCACACACAGUUUAUAAGAGAGAAUGAUAUUUAUUAUUAUGUAAUAAUAUAUUAAUUGAUAUAAAAAGUUUCACGCUCCCCUCUGGGCUUGGAACUCCAAGCCAUUGCCAGUUAAGACAUGUAUCAUAAAUAAUAUAUCGAAAAGUAUUUUGCACAAGGUUUGAAAUAUAAUGUAUUUAUAACAUUAAUAUAUGUUGGUACCAAAAGUUUUAAAAAUUUCCGUUCGUAAUACUUUUCUUUCAUUUCUGGUUUUUCACAGUCGUUUUGCUUUUUGACUCGUAAAUAGGCUUCAUAGAGUUCGGUUUCUCCUCCAUACUUAAAAACAUUCCAGUUAGUAAGAUGACUUCUUUGUGGCCCAUAGCCACAGGACGUAGUAUUCCAGACUGCAUUUCAAACGAGUAUUUCUUUUCCCGAAACGAAUAUAAUACGCAUAAAACACACAGUAAUAUUUUUGCAUACAACUUGUACAUAAGUCGCGUGAUGUAAAUGAAACAACGUAGCAGAUUAGUGGAGAUAGCGCCGUAAAGGUAAUAACAGAGCUAGGGAUAUAGUGCAAUAUAAUUGUAAUCCUCAUGCUGGCCACCCUCGUAGUCAUUGCAUGUUUUGAGAAGUGUGUGUCUUUGAGUGUCAGUGUGUGCAUAUGUGAGUAUGCUUUUUCUAUUUUCCAAUUAAAGUGUAUACGAUUUCUCGCACUCGAGUCCGGUUCAGACCUUUAUUAUUUGCUUGAUAGUGAGUGAGUAUUAGCAAGUCUCUAAUAGUCCCCCGUCAAUGAAGGCAUUACCAGUUAGUAACUACUAUUGCAACCAGAAUAUAAUCACGUCGAGUAAUGGUUUACGUUCCGCAUUUCGAAUUUUUGGCUAUGUGGAGUACCAGUGAGAGCAGACCCCCAAAUGCACAAGAAAUUAUUUUCCCAUAAGGCGGUUCUUGAAACGACUGAAACUUGUUUACCGGCAUAGCCUUCUGCUGACUCUUCACUUGAGGGCACUUCUUCCUUGUGAUGGUAAAAGUUUGAAAUUGUCAUCGGAGUUUCAGUAACAUGCCACUCUGUAUACGUCACUGAAAACUAAUUUAUUCGUCGUAAUUUUUUGCUGAUAUCUGUAAUCUGUUAUACAUUACAGUUCUGUAACUUCCUUCAAAACAUGUUUUCUUCGGGAACAAUUUGAAAGUAAGUCGGACUGAUGAUACGCGGUACAAUCAUGUAUACUGUACUGAUACGCUAGCUAUUUAUCUGUUACUCACACUUUCAGUUCCCAAUCCAUACUUCAGUCCUCUUAUUUUACACUCCACCGUUAGAUUUUCCAUUUUCUCUACGAGCAGCCUGAUGAUUUCCCAGUGUUGCAGAUAACAUCUUCCGGUGGUGGCGAAGAGCGCAAGAAUUCACCCUUCAGUCAUAAGGUCAUAAUGGCUGCAUCAGAUCAUCACAUCUGACAUUUUCCUUAGAGGGAAUACGAUGUCAGUUUCGGUAAACGUUCGUUUUUUGGAGAACUCAGUUAUUGCGUAGAUUGUGAAAAACAACGCUUUACUAAUAAGGUGCAUGACGCAUUUUCCUCCUCGAUGAUGCUCAAGUUGCGACCCCAUACAAAAGCAAUAAACCAAUCGAAAACAUUGCUCCAGUUCUUAAUACAACUAUAUCUGUAGCAUCCAGUCUUCGUGAUAUCGCCCUUGUACUAAAACACGAAAAUUUAACUCCAGUACAUUUCCUAUUGUUAGGCGUUUGAAAUGAACAAGCAACUUACACCAAAGUUACGUCCUGUUUUCUUGUGGGCAGUCACCGAAGUUCCGUUAAUGCCCUUGGAGGCCAUUCCAGGAAACAUUAGCAUAAAUUAUUACAAAAGUAGUAUAUCUACGUGUCGUUUGCGAAAAGUGAGUUGCGCCUUAAGAUAAGCUCAGAAAUCAGACACGAAACGAAGAGUCUGAGGGCCUACGAGUGGCUGACACACUAAAAAUGAAAUGUCUUCUAGAUGGCGUAGAACAAAUGAAGUUCCAAAGAUGUCAAAACACCUAACUUCGUAACUUCGGAAACUCCGGAAGUCGAGCAGCUGCCGCCCGACGCCUGGGAUCUAGGCCUGCCGGCGCUGCCGCCAACGGCAAGUAGGCUCUCCUCCCCUAGGGCCCGGCUGCGCACAGUAAUUGUACUGCUGGUGUCGCAGAUAUGAGUUCCGUCCCCAGAGCCCGUCUCUCGAGAUGUCAGCCGCAGCCGCAAACGCGCCCUCCCCAUCCGCCAAACAGUCCUACUCGUCGAUUUCUCUUUCUCCCGCAGCAUCCUCGAAAUCUCUGCUAAGUCCUUUCUCUCCUCUCUCGUCCGUGUUAGACGCCGACACGACUCUACAGUUCUACUCUUUCCUUUAUCCCGAUUGUCUUCUGUCUUACUCCAUGUUUUCCUGAAAUAAGUUCGCGCAAACCUCUGCAGCAGAACGCGCUCAUUUUGACGUUUCAGCUGUUACCAUGGCGCUCUCACGACAGGAAAUUCUAUUACGUUUCAAUUCUACGUAGCUUCUCCCUUAAUCUGCCUGUCUUAGGACUGACCAUCGCCUCCUGUUCUGAACAUCUUUCUUUAUCUACCUGAAUUUUCUUCCUCUUCUAAUGUAAUCCUUAAUUUCAGUUCUCUUCCUAUCCCCCCAUUCCUUACACUUUUCCCACUAUAAUUCCUGUAGCAGACAAUUCGUAUGUAGUACUUGUCCAAGAUUAUUUCCUCUCUCUGACCACUUACGAUAAUUUUAUUUGUUCCCCUAUUUUAUUACUUCUUCAUUCUUAUGUCUGUCAGUCCGCCUCACUUUAAGCGUUCUUCUCCAUAGCUGCACUUUGAAACCUUCUAUACAUCUUCCUUCUUUCUUUUUAACUGUCCGUCAUUCAUUGCUGUAUAACAAUACACUCCAGACAUGUUGUUGUUGUGGUCUUCAGUCCAGAGACUGAUUUGAUGCAGCUCUCCAUGCUACUCUAACGUGUGCAAGCUUCUUCAUCUCCCAGUACCUACUGCAACCUACAUCCUUUUGAAUCUGUUUAGUGUAUUCAUCUCUUGGUCUCCCUCUACGAAUUUUACCUUCCACACUGCCCUCCAAAGCUAAAUUGGUGAUCCCUUGAUGCCUCAGAAUAUGCCCUGCCAACCGAUCCCUUCUUCUAGUCAAGUUGUGCCACAAAUUCCUCUUCUCUCCAAUUCUAUCCAAUACCUCCUCAUCAGCCAUGUUAUCUACCAAUCUAAUCUUCAGUAUUCUUCUGUAACACCACAUAUCGAAAGCUUCUAUUCUCUUCUUGUCAUAACAUUUAGCAAAUAUUUUCCUCAGAUCCAUUGAAAUUGUUCUAGAUAUUACUAAAUGCUUCACCUUUUCAAAUGCUCUCUUUCUCAUAGAUAUUCUCCACCUAAUUUCUUCUGUGCAGCCUCCAUUCCAAGCCACAGAUACAGGAAGGAUUUAACUUAUUCUGUCUCUUAAACCUGUCUAGGAAUAUGUUAACUGGAGCUUCCUUCAUGCUUAUUAUCAUCACUUCUGUCUUUCCUAUAUCUUCGUUCCAUAGUUCUUGCUCCUUCUUGCAGUGCUCAUGAACAUCUUCUGCAGCUUCACUUCUAAGCACUGCUUCACCAUCUGCGUAUUUUAUAGUCUUUAUUCUUUCUCCUCGAAUUAUAAUGCCUCUCUCAUCAUCUAUGGCCUUAUCUACCUGUUCCUCUCCAAGUAAUAAUAUUCAGUCGUGUCGGUGGCAGUGAACAACCUUGCGUUAGACCCCCUCCAGUACUCAUCUGUUCCAUCUCCUUAUUCUCUACUGUAACCGUCACUUUUUCCUUUGUAUACACGCCUUUUAUUAACCACUUAUCCUUCCAAUCUGUACCCCCGUCUUUUACAAUUCUCAGCAGUACAUCCCAAUUGACUCUAUUGGAAGCCUUCUCCCGGUCUAUAAAAGAAAUAUACUCAGCCUUGCUCAUUUCUAUCAUUCUUUCUUCAAUCAUCCUCAGUGUGCAGCAAGCAACAUUUCUACACCCAACUGUUUUUCGGCACUGUCAUAUAAAAUAAAAUCAAAAUUGUUCCAAAACCCAGAUUCACUGAGGCAGACAGUACUCUGUUUUGUGCGUUUCCUCCAACGACACAGUACUGAUACAUUUUAAAGUUUAUUUACAUAUAAAGACAUUUAACUAGAGUUAUCAAGUUUUCCGUUUUACACCAAGCAAAAUUUACGCGUUCUUCUAAGUCUAAUAUGAAGUAGCAGUCAUUAACCAGAAGAUGAGAAGUACCUCUCCACGCUAGUCUACCUCGGGCAAUAUUUUCCGUAUCUGCAUAACUGCUCACCCAACCUCUAUUCGGACAUGAAUGCUGGGUUGAAGUCAUCACCUGUCUCUAAAAAUAUCAGCUGACCUCCCCCCAGCCUCACACCAUCGCUUUCACUCCUCUCCCGCAACGAACUAACUACGUUUUGAUGAUUAUGGACGUGUCCAAACCACCUACACUCUCUUUUUGUCAAGUUGUGCCAAGCAACAUUUCUGUUCCCAGUUCUAAUCAGUUACUGGAUCUUCCCGUUUAAUUUUCUGCAGCAACUCAUUUCAAAAGCUUCUACCCUUUUCAUCUUUCUAUCUGAUUAUGAUUCCCUUGGAAUGAAAAUCAGAAACUGCCAACCCAAAUGGUGAAAGUGAAAGCAGACUUAUUCCUAGUUAUUGUCAUAUUUCUUCAGCAGUUUUUCUCUGUACUUGGUUUUUGGAGUACGUGUAGAGCGCAUCUGUAUAUUUGAUCGAACUGAAAAAAACUGUAAAAAAGAAAAGAUACCAAUUUCAGCCCUGCGUCUAGCAGCACGAACAUCAAAAUGCAGAGGACUUUGUGGUGCUAUUUUUGAACAUUAGAUGGUAGAGGGAAACUGACAACAGACGUAACAAAUAUAGACCUGCCAAUACACCAUCACCCUCUUCCUGCCUACUAGUUGCAUCUCACAACAACCGAAUGUCGGACAGAGUUAAGAAAGGACAUUUCGCUUUCUGACUGGUCCGUACUGUAAAGUAUAAAUAUUCGUCUGCUUCCUUCUCAAAAUCCGUUGUGUACAUAGCCACGCUGUGCAAGCGAUCCAGCUCAGAUGCAGGUGAGGGUACCAAUAUAUAUAUAUAAAAAAAGAAGUACGUGGAAGCGAUACGUAAAUUCUAGGCUCAGGCUAGGAGCUAUUUCCCGUAGCACAGAUAUUUCCGAGAUAAAUGCGGGGAGUCCUUAGAAUUUUUCCUGUGUUAACGCAGCAGUCCCCCGGAGCGUAAUCCGAGAUUACAGACACCGCAGCAACAAGAGCUCCGAGGGAUAAGCUGGGACUUGUCCGUUGGGAAAGUGUGAUAGCGCAUGUGUGUGUGUGUGAUAGCGCAUGUGUGUGUGUGUGUGUGUGUGUGUGUGUGUGUGUGUGUGUGUGAGAGUGUGUGUGUGUGAGUGUGUGAGUGUGUGUGUGUGAGUGUGUGUGUGUGUGUGAGUGUAAGCUCCCGUACGUAGUUGCACGCUCCGGGCUAUCCCGAAAGGAAUGGCCGGACCUCCCCCUUUUUUACCCGCCCCCUACGGAAAGCGAAGUUCUUUUGUCAAGAUCUAACCCGCGGCUCCAAUAAAACGCAGGCUGGUGGUUUUCGGCUGGCGAGGUAGAAAAAGAAAACGGAAAGAAGCGAGGAAAGAAGGAAACCCAAGGGGCAAGGGGUAGGCCGAGCCGCCCCCACGCCGGGGGAUGUUUUCGCAGCGACCACUUCUGCUGCGGCCGCAUAAUGGCCCCGCCGGGAAUUGCCCGCAACCCCAGACCACCAGAAAAUAUCCCACCACCCUCUCCUGGACUGUGCUGUGUCUCACGUGGACAGAGAGCUGUUCUCCAUUUUACCACAUCCUCACGCCUCACACUCAUAUUCAUUUCGACGAAAAUGUUACAGACUUUCGUUUUCUCAAAGAGAUAUUCUAAGGAAGUUAUCCCGUUAAGAAUUCACACCCUAUUGUGUGUUCUGAAGUAUGGAAUUACCGGUUGUUGUGGUCUUCUGUUCUAAGAAAGGUGUCAUGCAGUUUUCUACGCGAUCUUUUCUCUGCAACGCUCUUCAUCUCUACAUAACUACUGCACUCUACAGCCAUUUGUACUUGUUUACAAGUUUGGUCUAACUCUACAAUUUUUACAGCUCCCCCCCCCCCCCCCCCCGCGCCCCCUCGCGCCCCGCACUCCACCAUCCCACCCCCAAACAAUUCCUUCCAUUACUCAAUGCCUCAUAAUUUCGCCUAUCACCCUAUAUCCCUCCAUUUACUUAUCCUGUGCCAACAGUUUAUUUUCUGCCAUACGUGAUAAGUUCCUUCCCUUUAGUUGACCUCCCACCUACUUGGCAGCAUUCUUCUGUGGCGGCAUAUUUCGAAAGCUUCUAUUGUCUUUUUCCCUGUUUACAGUUCAUGGUUCACUCUAAUGUAAAGCUGCAUUCCGAGCAAAUACUUGCUAAAUGACUUCCUAAUACUUAACACAUUCGUGCUGGCUUGUACCAAUAGUGGCUCACACUCGACUAUCCCAUCGGGUGGCACAUACCGUCGAUACUUCGCGCUCAACAAUCCCAUUCGGCAGCAUGUAAGACCGGUAACUCACACUCGACCAUCCCAUCAAGCGGCAUACACCACUGGUGGUUCGUGCUCAACAAUCCCAUUGGCCGGCAUGUACGACCACUGAAUCGCACUCGAAUAUUCUAUCGGAUGGCCCAUAUCACUAGUGGUUCUUGCUCAACAAUCCCAUAGGGCAGCAUACAGCACUUGACUAUUUCCAUCCGGCAGUACAUACCACCGGUGGUUCACUCUCAAAAAUCCUAUUGUAAUACCAGUGGUUCUCAGUCGUUUAUCUCAUGGGGAGGCACUUGUCACUACUGGUUAAUCCUUGACAAUCCUAUCGUUCGGUAGGCACCAUGGGUGGUUCACACUGCCUCAAUUAUGCUACAAGCUAUACAUAACAUGUAAUGUACUCCUUAUCAACUAGGAGCUACGAAAAGCAGUGAAUACAAUUUUGUGUCGACCUUCAAUGACAGGGUUUUCUGAACGAAUGAGAUAUCAGUAUCAGAUAAUACGUGGCUAAUUUAGUGUAAAAUUUUUAUUAUAUCUUUUUUUAUGGAUUUAAACCGAAGGUCAAUAUAUUAAUGCAGCCAGGUUACUUGUAUAUAUCCGACGCCCUUCAGUGAGGAGAGGAAAAGCAGUGCCGCCACAUGAAGUAAAUCAUGGAUACAAGCGCGCCACACAGAAGGAGCACAAUAGUCAGUGCCAGUGCGGACGUGUUACAUUUCUGUUCAAUGCUAGUAAAAUAUUUUUUCAGCCAACCUUUUCUUGCCGUUGCCAGCCUGUAUUUUAUAUCAUCUUUACUCAGGCCACCGUGAGUUAUUUCGCUGCCUUAAUGACAAAACACGCCCAUUAAUUCUACUGUCUAAUUUUCUAAUGUAGUUUCUUCAGAAAUUUUUACUUUUAUUUGCGUUCAUCUUAAAACUUCGUUUAGAGAAGUACUUUUCCAUCCAAACCGUACAGUUUUUUAUUUCUCGUUGAAUAUUCAUUUACUUUUUCUAUAUCUACAUGGUUUCCUUUGCAGUUUGCUCAGUACAAAGAUUGAGUAAUAUGGGGUCAGGCUAUAUAACCUUAGUAUCUCUUAAUAUCCUUCGACCCCAGUCAACAGUUCGUUUUACGUAUACUUUAUUGACACACUUUCGCUCCCUGCAAUUUACCUCUAACAGCUUCAAAAUCGUGACGACAGUUUUUAUGGUACACCUACGAGAAAUGAAAAGCGCUGUAAAUACAAAACACACUUCAGUGAGAGGUAAUUGCAAUUUCAUGAAGAGUUCCGUAUAUGACAGUAAGUUUGUCGAUAAAUAGUACCCGCCAUUUUGCUCAGUAUUACCUGUUGCAAACUGUGUAACGGUGUACUGGACAGUUUACGAUGUGUUAUAAAUAUUUAAUGGUUCAUGUUUCAUCAAGAAUCCGGUAACUUUUCCUUCUCGACUCGUCGAGUCUUGUCCUUCUCAUCUUUCAGGAACUAGCCAAAACAGUAAUGCUGUUAACUGGACAGUAUGACUUUCCCCCAUCGCUGAAGUCUCGACAUUUACACAAGUAGCAGUUACUGUGACGUAUCGAGUGAAAACAGAGAUACCUUCAUUGUGUGCCUUUCGUCACGCAAUAUCAAGCAAGUAGUAGGUCGACAACACCGGACUGGGGCGGAUCGGACGAGUGUGUUCUCUAGUCAGGCGGGGUGUCCGCCGAAAGAAUACAGUGGUGGUACCGCUGCUCCGACCAAAUACUACGAAGGAUCUGGCCAAACAACGCGGCAGACAGUUCGUUCUCCAUUCCCCAAUUCUAGAGUGGCCGUUGGUAGUGCAACAUACUGUUUUUCUCUUCAACAUCUCAGCUGUCGAGUUCGUGAGGUCUUUAUAACGCCAAUACGCUGAAGUGUUGUGAACCAUGUGAAAUGAGAAUCACAAUCCGUUGCAAAACUUGCCCUUUUUUUUGGGGGGAAUUGUUCGAACGGUCUUCGUGAUCCCAGUUGCAAUAGAGCUUCUUGUUCCAGUUCAAAGAUGCCUCCACUCAGAAAAGCGUAGUUUUUAAGUAAUAUGUACAUACUUUCUUCGCAGAAACAGUCACGCAUCUAGUCUUCACGCACCAUAGUCAAUUAAAGUAUACAUGCGUUGCACUAGCGUUACCAAACCUACACCGAGAUUCAACAAGAGUUUAAAAUUUUACGUAGUAGUUUUCCUAGCCUUUAUUGUCCCAUUACUAGGUGCACACGGAUCCUACACACAAAGCUUUGCUCUUUAAGACAUUAGGAAUAAAUCAAAAGAAAUGUUUUGACGUUUAGCAGAUACCAAAUACCGCGUGCCUCGAAUGAAAUUGAUGUAUGCAAAAUGGAGAGCAAUAAUUUUGUAGCAAUAAUCGUAAAGCAAUAAAAUUGUUAAAUAACUCAUCAUAGUUCAUACAUCGAAGUUUAAUAGGUGAGUGUUCAGACAUCGAGUUACUGUGAUAACAAUACUCCCUCUAAUUGUAGCGUUCAUUGUAGGGUUUCUCACAGCAAUAGUAUGACACCAGCAAUAUUUAAACAACCGGAUUCUCCGUUUUGAAUAACAUUAUACACCAGUAAAAAAUCGUUUACUUGAUUACUACCGUCUCUUGGCUACAUUUCAUAGCCACCACGUGUUACCGCUUGAUAUUACAACUCGGAUUAUUAUCUAGUCAAAAACGCCGCACAGCGUGUAGGUUAGGUGAUUUUAAUACUCCACUUUGUUCAGAUACGCUACAGUAACGGCAGAACUCUUGUUGAAUUGUGGCCAAAGUACUUAACACGGUAGUAAUGUGCAGUGUGUGUGUGUGUGUGUGUGUGUGUGUGUGUGUGUGUGUGUGUGUGUGUGUGUGUGUAUGUGAGUGAGUGGGAUGCAAGCGAGCGAAACGUCGCACGGCGUCCACAUUGUUUAUGGUAUGUACUCUGUUUUAUAGCAUUUCACUGACAGAAACUGGGGCGGCAGGAGAGCUGCGAGAAGCUCUCCCUCAUACCUGGGCCACAACAGUAGCCAAAAGUAGCAAAAGUAGCCAGUAGUUCGGCUGUGUUUCCAGUAAUCUCGUACUGUACGUUCAGUGAUCUGAAUUCGCAUCCAUACCGCGGUUUUAUUCAAAGAACAACGAGGUCUCAUAGACUUUUGCUUCAAAAUUAGCAGUUAACGUGCCUGUCGUAUAUAUAAGACUUAGUUCUGCAGUUUAGUAGCGUAACAAACAACGAAUUCAAGAAACAGUACUUCGCACGUAUUGACAAAGCAAUAAUUUUCAAACUGAACGUUAGGAACGUUUAGGGUAGACAGAAAUAUUUUGUAUCAGAAUUCCUAGAAAAUCAAGUUCGACAAUGUUUUAGGAGUGACUUCUUUUACACACUGUUAGAUGUUUUAGUAUGUACUGUAAUUGUGAUUUCAUCAGCACUCGAAGCAAGAAUUAUCGAGCAGAUUAGCAAUAAAAAUAAACGUCAUAUUAUUGUCAUCUCGCUCCAGAUGGGCUUAAGGCAAAUGAAAUCAUGUUUCCCUGUCUUUCAGUUUCAUGAUAAUAAGACACAUUAUAAUGAAAUAUGGUGAUAUGAUUUGAAGUUGUCAACCACAUUGUUAUCUUUGAGUAUUCGUCCCAAUAGGCAGGUCGACUGUUGCAAACUUAACGCCGACAGGGCAAAGGUAUAAAGGAAGGGCCUCCCGCGGUUCUUCGUAUUUCGCUUCCAGGAGAAUGUCAGGUAUUCACAAGCAAUAAUAAUGUAGUUGGGCCGAGAAGAAGAAAUUAUAGACAGUCAUUUGAAAAUGAUAUUUAUGUAAGAGACUCAAAGAAGGCCCAUAUAAAUAAGAUUAUAGCAAUAUAGACCGAACUAUAUAUACAAAUAAAUUAUUUAAUUCAGUAAUGAUUAUAGAAAAAUCAGUAAAAAUUUAAACCAUAAAAAUAUUAAGCGCCAUAAGCUUUGCAACGAAAAUAUAGUUUUAAAAAAGAACUUAGACGAUAUUCAUACAGAAUGGACUGAUAGGGUAGGCGGCCUCUAGAGGUAAAAGUUCCAAACUAAAAAAGGUAGUCUAAAGCGAAGUCAAACUGCUUCUAGCAUAAGACUUUUUAAUAUUCUUCCGUUUGAGUUACACUUCGCGAGUGCCAAUAGGAAAGCGAAUUUUUGUUUAAGGUGAAUUAGAGGAGAUAUAUAGCUUCUUUACCUACUUUUAAUCAUAUUCAGCAGUUCAGCGCAUAUUUCAUAUGGAAGCAGUAUCACUCUUAAAAACUUCUGCACUGCCUUAAUAAAAUAUUAUAUCUAAUACAGUAAGAAGAACUGCCGUCGACUUGAAUCGAUAUUUAUUGAUCAUCAGAGUACGUAGCCUUUAGUUUCGCUUAGGGUAAGGCUGUUAGCGCAAGCAAUCGCUUUUCUUUCACGAAAUACUCCUCCCGACUUGUCAUAGUUUGAAAAUCUACCUCUUACGAGUCCCCUUUGCUCAGUUUAGUCCCAACUACUACGUCGCAUCUCUCGCCAUCUCGAACCACCAUAAUGGUCCAUUAGUCAAUAACUCUCCACCCACGCUUAUAGCAUCCGCUACUGAAAUUAUUAAAACACUUAGAGCAAAUAAAUGCUAAGUAUACCGCUAAGCCUUUUACAAUCUUGAGAAAAAAAGUUGUAUCCCCUGUGCAAGCAGUGUUUCCUUGCGGGUUCUGGAGGCCGAAUGUGAUGUGUAGAGCGGAAAGACUCCUAGCACUGUCUUGCGGUGUAAACUGUACGUAAACAGCAAUGACGAGCUAGCAGCAGCUUAUGCGCAUCCACUCCGGACUUCAUUUUCUUUUGUGAGUAAGAAUUUCAAUAUGCUGAGACUAGCUGACAAUUACCUUUGUUAUUUUCUUACAAAAAAAAACUGAAUCGAACUAGUCAAAUGAUAACUGUCUAAAUAUUUUUGAAACUUUUUUCUUGUAAGUAUAUAUUUCUCUCAAAUGUAUUUUAUUGUAUAUUAUUUAUGUGUUGUAUCUUCUGUGAAUGUUCACAAUAUUCUAGUAUUCUUGUUGUAUUCACUAUUGUCAAAUUCCUAGUCAUCAUUUGAGAAGACAUGUGUUUUUUGCAGUACAGUGUUGUUCUGUCGCGUGUUAUUGUAGCAUGUAUUGAGUGUAAAAUCGUACGUAAGCCCUGCCUUUUCAGCGGAUUCCUUUUCAUUGUCGACUGAAAUGUGUUUUUUUAAUCUUUUUUUUUCAUUUCGCAUGUGAGUAAAUUGUAAGAACUUGUUUGUGUGCCGUCGCGAGACGGCCAGUUGUGUAUGUUCGAGAGAACACGAAGAGCAACCAGAAAGGAAACUGCCCUGAAUAAAGUGAGCCGCAAAAGCCGCGAGGCGGGGCGGCCCAGCUCAAGUCUGCGAUAUCUGAUAUACCUAGCAAGUUGGACUCUGACCCACUACCCACAGCGGCUGAUGUCGACCGCUGAUCAUAUUGUACUGCAUUUGCAAGACACUACAUAGCGAAUUUUGUAAUAUAUUUUCGUAAUAAAUAGUGUAGAAAAGA